CCAUUGCUUCUCCUGUCUUACACCCGUGGGGCCCUAUGUGAGCCCCUGCUUGCCUUUACCCUUGGGGAACUUUUCAUUCCGCUGACACAAGACACUAUUCCUCCCACUGACACCAACGAUGGAGCACUAUUCCUCCCACUGACACCAACAAUAGAACAUAGUUCCUGCUACUGACACCAACAAUGGGACACUAUUCCUCCCACUGACACCAAUGAUGGGACAAUAUUUCUGCUACUGACACCAACAAAGGGACACUAUUCCUCCCACUGACACCAAUGAUGGGGCACUAUUCCCCCACU